AUGGUUGGUCGAAAACUUGCACUGCAACCUUCAAUAGUGUGCGAUGCAGUGUUAAAAUUUAAAGACAAAUUUGUUGGAAGCAGACAGAAGGUUAUGAUUAUUAAUCUGUAUAAAACCAAACUUGAAGAGCAACCGGAUAUCAAGUACAAACCUUUGAUUGCGUAUCUAUCGAAAGCAUCCGGCAUUGGACGUGAUACUAUUGUUAAUACCAUACGGAAUUACAAAAAUGACAAUCAACUGAAGUCACCAAAUAAAACAAAAAUUCGUACAAGAAUCAACGAAAAAAUUGAUGACUUCGAUAAAAACGCUAUAAGGUUGAAAAUUUAUAGUUUUUGGUUAAGAAAUGAAGUUCCAACAUUAAAGAAAAUUGUUCAAGCCAUCAGUGAUGAUCAAAACUUACCGACUAUACCAAGGACAUCGUUACAGCGCAUUUUAAAGGAAUUGGGAUUUGAGUACACAAAAAGAGCCCGAAACAGCGCACUCACUGAGCGAGGAGAUCUAAUUGUAUGGCGACAACAAUUUAUAAUAGACAUACGUCGAUUCAGAAAUGAAGGUCGUACUAUCUAUUAUUUGGAUGAGACAUGGGUAAAUGCAGGAGAGUUCUGUAAUAAGGUUUGGUUGGACAAGACGGUAACAUCGCAUAGAGAUGCAUUUGUUAAAGGACUGUCAACAGGCCCGAAAAAUCCAACAGGCAAGGGCAAGCGAUUAAUUGUUGUUCACAUCGGGUCAUCGGAGGGUUUCGUCGAGGGUGGUCUACUGUGUUUUGAAUCAAAAAAAAACACAGCAGACUAUCACGACGAAAUGAAUGGCGAUACAUUCUACGACUGGUUUUGCGGAGUUUUGCCCAAACUGAAAGAAAACUCGGUUAUAGUUAUGGACAAUGCUUCGUACCAUUCCGUAAAAAAGGACGCCAUCCCUACAAUAAGCUGGAUAAAAGACCAAAUUGUUGAAUGGUUGACUUCAAAAGGCUGUGAUGUGGAUACGUCGUUAGUGAAACAUAUGUUGUUAGAAAAGGUUCGGGAAAUUAGACAUCAUCAUGACAAAUACAUUAUCGAUGAAGAAGCGUUAAAAUCAAACAAAAUUGUACUACGACUUCCGCCUUACCACUGUGAAUUAAAUGCGAUAGAAAUGGCGUGGUCGGUUGUGAAAAAUCACGUGAAGAAUCACAAUACUACAUUCAAAAUUAACGACGUAAGACAAUUACUGAUCGAUGGCAUCAAAAAAGUUACACCAGACAUGUGGGCCAAUUUUGUAAGUCAUACGAUAAAAGAAGAAGACAAACUGUGCAACGUUGACAACAAUACGGAUCAAGUAUUUGGAUCAAGAAAAUACAUCUCAUGUCAUGCUAAUAACAGGGGACACUUCUUCUUCCGAUGA